AUGUCGACCAAACCAGCCAAGUUGGGCUUCGGAUCAGGCCUAGAUGGCAUAUCCCAGAUGACCAUAACAGUCGUCCUGGUCUUCCUUUCAAUAUCAGUUUACAACGUCAUCGAACUAACAUUCAUCAUCUUUGGAACCUUUAAACGUCACUCCGGUCUAUACUUCUGGUCUUUUCUGAUUGCAACAUGGGGAAUCUUUGUCUACUGCGGUGGUUUCCUGAUCAAAUACUAUGCGUCUGAUGCAGUCGGCUAUGUAGCCGCUACUUUCAUCUCGUUUGGUUGGGUCGCUAUGGUGUCUGGUCAAAGUCUCGUGCUAUGGUCAAGACUACAUCUUGUACUCAGGAACAGGUUUAGACUACGGUGUGUGCUGUACAUGAUUAUUGUCAAUGGCGUUCUCAUGCAUGGUACCGUUAUACCCAUGAUCUACGGCUCUUUCUCCGAAAACACAGCUAUGUGGAAGAAACCUUACGGCAUCAUGGAAAAGAUCCAAGUUUCAAUCUUCUUCGUCCAAGAAAUUAUCAUCUCAGGAUUCUACAUCAGCGAAACAGUCAAACUCAUGCGUCUGGAACGAACAAUGGGCAACAAACGCGGCAGUCGACGCCUAAUGAACCAUCUCAUCUACGUCAACAUCCUCAUCAUUCUUCUCGACGUUACAAUUCUGGGACUGGAAUACGCCGAUCAAUAUCAGUAUCAAACUUCCUACAAAGCUUUUGUUUAUAGCACGAAACUCAAGCUUGAAUUCACGAUCCUGAAUCGUCUUGUUGAAAUGACGACGGGUAACAAGGAUGCUAGUUCAGGACCGAGGAGUAAUACCGCUGGUACAUCGACGGGGAGAACGGGUAUUGCACUGGACAACUUCAUCAGCAAUAACAGCAAUAAGCCGCCGGGGGAUGUAUCGUAUAGAGCAUAUGUCCAUAAUGGCGAGGAAGGAGAAGCACAGCGUGCGCCGAGGGAUGACGAGGUUGUCAUGACCACCGAGGUCAUUAUUCGACGGGAGGAUAGGGACGAUGAUGGGAUGAGUAUAGGAGCCAGGUCAUCUGCUCAAUCUACUAUGGGGGGGACUUCCAAGAAUCAUCAUUAUGAGCACGAGGAGAAUUUGUCCAAGACUUCGUCAGAGGUUAAUCUGGCGACGCGUGGCUUCUAG